AUGGCGAGAAUUUGGGUUUCUCUACCGGGAACCAUUUGCAGCAUCGAGAUUUUGCACUUGCUAUUUUUUAUAUUGUUGCUUCAGGGGCCACUUUGUGGCCAGAGCAGCCCUAUCUCCAACACCGGCCAAAGGCUUCCACCCAUUCCUGGAUUGGGAGACGGGCUGGGACGGGCGGUGGAGCAAUCCAAUUUGGAGCAGGACAACAAUGUAAUCAUGGAGGGUGUUCUGGAAAGUCUGAAAGAGCAGUACCUACAAACAUUCAACCUGUCUGGCAUGGGUCUUCCUCCACUGCCACCUGGAAUCUUACGAGAGGAACCGCCUGAAUACAUGAUGGAGCUCUACAACCGCUUCGCUAAUGACCGCAAUUCUGUGCCCAGUGCCAGCAUCGUACGCAGUUUCAAGAAUGAGGAUUCUUCUUCAAGCACAGUUGGUGUUGGAGGAGUAAGGCACCACCCACUCCUGUUCAACGUGUCGGUCCCCCAUCACGAACGCAUCAUUUCAGCCGAACUCCGACUCUACACACUUGUCCAGACUGACCGGCACCUGUUUGCCGGCGUCGACCGCAAAGUCACUAUCUACGAAGUGCUACGCCAAAACGGAGGUGAAAACAGCACAGAUGAGAAUUUGGAGACGGGAGACAACUUCGGGGUUAGGAAGGAGCAUACGGAACUAGUGGAGUUGGCUUCGAGACAAGUGUAUGGCACCGACAAUGGGUGGGAGGCAUUCAACCUCACCGCCGCUGCUCAGCGGUGGCGUAAAUCUGUGCAUGGCAGCACACAUCGGUUGGAGGUGCACAUUGACAGUGUGGAAGGUGAUGCUCAACAUGCCACGAAUCGAAACAAAAACAGAAUUAAUGAAGGGGACAUGAAGAUCGACACAAACAUGAAGGAAAAACACAAACCCCUGCUAAUUGUUUUCUCUGAUGAUGAAAGUAGCGACCAUCGAGAUGACAAGCAAGACCUGAAUGAAAUGAUUGACCACGAGACCUCUGACAUGAUCCUCUCGAAUUAUUUAGAGAAAGACAUGUCGGACGAGUCUGACAGCAAUGGACAUUCCGAGCCAGAUGAAGAAGACCUGAUCCAAAUGCGCUCCAACCUGAUCUACGACACAUCUUCCCGCAUACGUAGGAACGCCAAGGGCGACCACUGCGGGAGGCGACCUCUGCGUGUGGACUUCAAGGACAUUGGAUGGGAUAGUUGGAUCCUGGCGCCGAGCAGUUACGAUGCCUACGAGUGCGCUGGGAUUUGUUCAUUCCCGCUCACCAAGCACGUCACACCUACGAAACACGCUAUCGUCCAAACGCUGGUGAACAUCAACAGUCCUCACACAACAGCGCGAGCGUGUUGCGUUCCCACCAAGCUAGAGCCCAUCUCACUCCUGUACCUGGACGACACAGGAGUAGUCACAUUUAAGCACAAGUAUGAAGGCAUGGUAGUGGCUGAGUGUGGCUGUCGAUAG